UUGUCAUUUCAACAGGGAAGUAGACAGCACACAAAUCUGAAACAAACGCCCGGUUCUGCUGUCAGUUCAGUCUGCACACACAGGCUGUGUUCUGUCUGCGAGUCAGUCUUUCCUCACGGCUUAACCGGCGGUUUGUCUCCUUUGGCUAGAAAAUGAAUCGCCUUCCCCUCUCUCGCUCUGAAGUGUUUGGAGAACUGAGGAAGGAGCUUUACGAUGAUGAGGAGUUCCACCAAUCAGAUGUGCAUAUCUUCAUCAUCAUGGGAGCAUCGGGGGAUCUGGCCAAGAAAAAGAUCUACCCAACUCUUUGGUGGUUGUUCAGAGACGGACUCCUCCCCGAAUCGACCUUUUUUGUCGGCUUUGCCCGCUCUGACUUGACCGUCGACGCCAUACGAACCGGGUGCAUGCCAUACAUGAAGGUGGCGGACACGGAAGCAGACCGCUUGUCAGUCUUCUUCAGCAGGAACUCGUACAUCAGUGGGAAAUAUGCAGAUGAGAGCUCCUUCUCCAAGCUUAACUCGCACAUCCUGUCUCUCCCUGGAGGAAACGAGGCCAACCGCCUCUUCUACCUGGCCCUGCCGCCGACCGUCUACCACGACGUGACCAAAAACCUCAAACUGCAAUGCAUGAGCACCAAGGGCUGGAACAGGGUCAUCGUAGAAAAACCGUUUGGACAUGAUCUUCAGAGCUCAGAGGAGCUCUCCUCCCAUCUGUCUUCUCUUUUUGCCGAGGACCAGAUUUACCGCAUCGAUCAUUAUCUGGGCAAAGAAAUGGUGCAGAAUCUCAUGGUGCUCAGGUUUGGGAACCGAAUCUUUGGACCAAUCUGGAACAGAGACAGUGUGGCAUGCGUUGUUCUUACCUUCAAAGAACCUUUUGGCACUCAGGGGCGAGGAGGCUACUUUGAUGAUUUUGGUAUCAUUCGAGAUGUCAUGCAGAACCACUUGCUCCAGAUGCUCUGCCUGGUUGCCAUGGAGAAACCAGCCUCCACAAGCUCAGAUGAUGUGAGAGAUGAAAAGGUAAAGGUGUUGAAGUGCAUUGCUCCAGUGACCAUGUCUGAUGUGGUGCUGGGUCAAUAUAUGGGGAAUCCAGACGGUGAAGGAGAAGCCAAACUGGGUUAUCUCGAUGACCCCACAGUACCUAAAGGAUCCACUCAGGCUACGUUUGCCACUGCUGUGCUCUAUGUGCACAACGAACGCUGGGAUGGUGUUCCGUUCAUCCUUCGCUGUGGAAAAGCCCUGAAUGAGAGGAAAGCCGAGGUGCGGCUGCAGUUCACGGAUGUCCCAGGAGACAUUUUUGGAAACCAGUGUCAGAGGAAUGAGCUUGUCGUUCGAGUGCAGCCCAAUGAGGCCAUCUACGCCAAAAUGAUGAGCAAGAAACCUGGCGUUUACUUCAGCCCGGAAGAGACGGAGCUGGACCUCACAUACAAGAGCAGAUACAAAGAUGUGAAGCUUCCAGACGCCUACGAACGGCUCAUCCUGGAUGUCUUCUGUGGGAGUCAGAUGCAUUUCGUCCGCAGUGAUGAACUGAGAGAAGCAUGGCGGAUAUUCACUCCUCUCCUUCAUCAAAUAGACAAAGAGAAGCCAAAACCAAUUCCUUACAAAUAUGGAAGCCGAGGCCCGGCAGAAGCAGAUGAGCUUGUACAGAGAGUUGGAUUUCGCUAUGAAGGCACUUAUAAGUGGGUCAACCCUCACAAACUUUAAGUUGUAAUAAGAUUAGAAAGUGGAGGGGGGGGGGGGGGUAGUCAGUAGCAUAAGUGAGCUAGCAUGUUGCAAAAUCUGGGCGUCUUUGAGGAUGGAACUGUUUCCACUGUGUGGAUCCAUCAAGCAGCAAAAAGAUGACUUAAAACAACAAUUCUCAGGUAACUCAGUCAUUCAUUGGAGCUCAUCCAUCAAACAUUUGUUUACACGGCAUUUGACAUGAAAAUGACGUUUUUCAUCCAUUCCUGGAAACUUUUAAAGGGAAUGUUGUGGAGUGAUCCAAAAAAAAAAAACCCAGGAAAUAUUAUUUGGUGAAUUAAUAAUGGGUGGAAUUCUAUUUUCCAGGGAUUAAGGUGUUAGGAUGAUGGAAGUAGGUGACAAAAACAGGCUUUGUCAUGAUUAGGAAGGACAAACCAAAGAAUGAAAGAGUAGGAACUGGGAUGUACCAAGUAGCACUUAGAACCUUGAAUGUAACACAAGGAUGCUCUCAUUGCAUUACAGGAUUCCAUUUGCAAUGUCUUUUUCUUUCCAUUCCUAGAGCCGAGAACUGUUAGUUUGCUGAAAGUAACAGAACUUAUUUUAAAGAAUUAAUUCCGAAAUAGUCUUAACUGUUCUUCUGGGAAUAUUACAGAUUGUAUUAACUUUCCUUUGAGCAUUAUUUUUUUAGUUAGACUUUCUUUUCCAAAUGAUUAAAGAUGCAUUUCUUAUUUUAAUAAAGCCAGCGAACAUCAAAGUUGGUGAAUUUUUGCGAUUGCACACAUGGAGUAGCCGAACUUUCACCAUUUGUAAUAAACUAGAUUUGCUUAAGAA